GCGCACGGCGGUUGCGGAUCGGCGCACUUGCGAGCGUGCAGACUGGAGCGCUCGUGGUACUCGUACACUCACUGGUUCCCCAUGGCGUCCUCUCACGUCAUGAAGGACGACCAACAAGAGGCGCCACCUACGCCCGGCAUGCAGCCUGCCAUGAUGAUGUUCUCCAGCAAGUACUGGAGCCGCCGCGGACUCUCCUUCGACUCGGCCAUGUUGGAAGGGCGCCCGCCGCUACGCCACACCGGCGGCCAGAUGGUGACCGCCCGUGGUCUUUGGUGUCAAAACACCUCGUGUUUGGUCAUGUUGAUGUUUUUGUGUGUCCAGUCACGUCGCCCGUCCUUCAGUCCCAUCAGCGAGACUGCCAGUGGAGCGAGUCAGGCCGUGGUCUUCUCGUUGAAGAACGAGGUGGGCUGUCUGGUCCGAGCGCUGCGACUCUUCCAGGAGAAGCGGGUCAACCUGAACCAUAUAGAGUCGCGCCCGUCCAAGCGCGUCGCCGACCAGGUGGAGAUCUUUGCCGACUGCAGCUGCACCAAGAAGGAUUUCAAUGAGCUCUUGGAGGUCCUGAAAGAUCACGUCAACAUCCUGAGCUUUAACACGCCGGCCCACGUUUGGGCCGCGCAGGCCGAUGAAGAAGACGUUCCGUGGUUUCCCAUGAAGAUCUCCGAACUGGAUCAGUGCUCCCACAGAGUGCUGAUGUACGGAUCCGAGCUGGACGCUGACCACCCGGGCUUCAAAGACGAAGUUUACCGCCAGCGGCGCAAGUAUUUUGUGGAGGUGGCCAUGAAGUACAAGUUCGGUCAACCCAUCCCCCGCAUCGAGUACACCCCGGAGGAGGUGCGCACGUGGGGGGUGGUCUUCAAGGAGCUCAACAAGCUGUACCCCACUCACGCCUGCAAGGAGUACCUGAAGAACCUGCCCCUGCUCAGCCAGCAGUGCGGCUACCGACACGACAACAUCCCCCAGCUGGAGGACGUCUCGCACUUUCUCAGAGAGAAGUCCGGUUUCACCGUCCGGCCGGUCGCAGGCUACCUGUCGCCCCGGGACUUCCUGGCGGGUUUGGCCUACCGAGUCUUCAACUGCACGCAAUAUGUCCGCCACAGCACCGACCCGCUCUACACGCCUGAACCGGACACGUGUCACGAGCUCCUGGGUCACGUCCCUCUGCUGGCCGAUCCAAAGUUUGCUCAGUUUUCUCAGGAGAUCGGUCUGGCGUCUUUGGGAGCUUCAGAUGGCGACGUGCAGAAACUGGCCACGUGUUACUUCUUCACUAUCGAGUUUGGCCUCUGCAAGCAAGAAGGCCAGCUGAGAGCCUACGGCGCCGGCUUGCUGUCUUCCAUCGGAGAACUCAGGCACGCCUUGUCCGAUCAGGCCUGCGUGCGGCCCUUUGACCCCAAAACCACCUGCAAGCAAGAAUGUCUCAUCACCACAUUCCAGGACGUUUACUUUGUCUCUGACACCUUUGACGAGGCCAAGCAAAAGAUGCGAGAGUUUGCCAAGACCAUCAAGCGGCCGUUCUCGGUUUACUACAACCCAUACACGCAGAGCGUGGACCUCCUGAAAGACACGCGCACCAUCGAGAAUGUGGUGCAGGACCUCCGCAGCGACCUGACCACCGUGUGCGACGCUCUCGGCAAGAUGAACACCUACAUGGGCAUCUGACCGUGCACCUCCAGAGCCCUUCGCCGCCAUCCAGUUCAAUCCGACCAGCUUUCUUAGCAGUAAUUCCAGAAGACAAAAAGAUCUUGUAUGCCGCAUGACGUAAAAAGCUUUCAGUAUAUAUUUAGACGGGGGCGAGUCAAGUGUAAACAACACAGCUGCAUUGCAUUUCAUACUGUAUAUGCUACGACUAACAUGUGUAAGUAUGGUGUGAAAUAAAUCUGUCAUUGUGACU